GUGAGGUCCCUCUCUUGUGCUAAUUAGCCGAGCCCCGUUUUCGGGCACAACCACUUUGAAACAGCAAAAUGGCCCCCAAGAAGGCCGCCAAGGGCGAUGAGGCCCCCAAGGAGGUUGUCAGCCUGGGCCCGACUGUCCGCGAGGGCGAGCACGUCUUCGGCGUCGCUCACAUUUUCGCGAGCUUCAACGACACGUUCGUGCAUGUGACUGAUUUGUCUGGCCGGGAAACCAUCUCGCGCGUCACCGGCGGCAUGAAGGUCAAGGCCGACCGCGACGAGUCCUCGCCCUACGCGGCCAUGCUUGCCGCGCAGGAUGUGGCUCAGAAGUGCAAGGAGCUGGGCAUCACUGCCCUGCACAUUAAGCUGCGCGCUACUGGCGGCAACCGGACCAAGACGCCCGGCCCCGGCGCUCAGUCCGCUCUGCGUGCCCUGGCCCGCGCUGGCAUGAAGAUUGGCCGCAUUGAGGACGUGACGCCCAUCCCCACCGACAGCACCCGCCGGAAGGGUGGCCGCCGCGGUCGCCGCCUGUAGAUCAGCAGCAGCAGCGGUUGCAGCAGCAGCAACAAUGGCAGGGGCAGCAGUGGUUCAGGCGCAAUGCUGCGCCUGUGUCUUCUUCUUUGUGUCGUCGUGGCUAACGCUGUAACGUGAGAGUUGUGGACG